AUCUGUAAACAAGAACUAUCUUGUUGAAACAGAGUUUAAAUUUGUUUAUGUAAAAUAUCAAAGCGCGGGAAGAGAGGUGAUAAAAAGAGUUCAUAAUCUAUUUCUUUGAACAUUCUUUUGAUCUCCAGCGUUUGAUUUUAUACCGUUAAUUUACUGAGUAAGUGGUAAAAAAAAAAUUGCAUUAAAUAACCUUGUGAAUUCUUCGAAUUAUGGAAAAUAUUUGUUGCAUUAUUGAUAUGGACGGAUUUUGUGUUAAUGUUUUUGACAAUCACGGCGUAACUUAUAAGUCGGAAUUUUUUCUCCGAGAACUUGGUUUUAUCAAAGUAAAAGGUAAGAAGAAAUUCCUGCCAUGCUCUUACCGCUUUGAUCUUCGUGGUGAAUUAAAUCUGGAAAAUUGCUCGCCGAAUGAUAUUCAAACCGUAAGACAUCAGUCAACGAAAAUUCUUGGACUCCCAGUUUACCCUGCUCGACAAGAACGUACUAUGGAUUAUAAUUCAAGAUUUGAUCUUUUAAAGGAUAUUUACAAAGCUUACAGUGAUGAAAAGGCAACAGUGGUCGCUUACAAAGGCGGCCACAGAGAAAAGGAAUAUUUAUCUAAAUUAGAAAUACCACACGUCAAUUUAGAGAAUUUUGGAUGUCCUAAGUUUGAGAAUUUAAUUAAGACUUAUGAAACUGAACUUAAACCUACUCAAUGUGGAUAUCACACAUUAGCAAAACAGAAUAAGAUGUUGGUGCAUUGUGCUCAAGCUGAAGUAAUUGCUUAUAGAGAUUGGGUCAUUAAUAAUCUUGACAAGUUCAAAUCCGAUGGGGCAUGUGGCCCAUCCGCAGGACCUUUACAUCUCUCAUCAUCUGUGUCUUUCUCGUGGGAUCAGUGUUCGUCCUCCUCCUCAGACUCAAGCGACAUUCUCCAGUACCACAAUUCAUAAAAGGGGCCCAAAGAUUUCGCUCCUCCAGAGUGUGCGCCACGUUGGCAACAAUUUUGGUGAAUUCUGCUCCUGCCAACGCUCAUCGUCGGCAGGCUAUACGGGAAACAUGGGGUCAUAUAGCGGUCACAAGAAAAUUAGAUAUUGCUGUCGCUUUUGGCAUCGGGGAAGCUUCUGAUGAAAUUUUGCAAAGACCCGUGGACUGGGAAGCAGAGACAUUUGGUGACAUCUUCCAAUCUUUGGUGACAGAGGAAUACCGGACUCUACCUUUGAAAGUUCUAAGUCUCCUUGAAAAAGUGAAAGACGCCUGUGACAUACCUCCCUUCUUCAUUGUAAAGGUGGAUGACGAUGUAUUUGUAAAUACUUACGCUUUGAAAGAUCUUCUUAAAAGUUUGGAAGCUGAAGCUUACGAUAUGAAAAUUUGGUGUCUGGUAUGGGAAGGGAUGCCUGUAAUGAGAAACAACCAUUCCAAGUGGUCAGUUUCAAGAGAACGAUAUCCUCAUGAUUUCUAUCCCAAGUAUUGUUCAGGAUCGGCCUAUGUUCUAAAUCAAAGAGUUCUUAGGGGCCUUCUGAAGCAUCACUCCCGCGACAACCUGAUACCUUUCGAAGAUGUGUACAUAACAGGAGUCCUUGCUGAAAAAGUCGGCGUAGAACACGUACAAAUUGGAACAAGAUACGCUUUCGAAUCUGUAAGUGAAGAGGGCAUAGCUAGUGGUCAGACUAUUUUCGCACAUCUUGGCCCAGAGGCUGAUGAAAGAGUGGAACACUUCUGGAAUUUUUUGUCAUGGAAAAGAAAAGAAAAUCUAUCGUUUGAUGGAUUAUGAUGACGUAUUUUCAAAUUUUAUUCUUUUAAAACAUGUGCCUUAUUUUAGGUCCUGGUGUUUUUGUUAUGGAUGAACAAUAUUAUGAACAUUUCGUAAUCCAAAACUGCAAUGUUGCAGAAAGUUGCAUAAAGAUUAUGACAUGUCGAAUACGAGAUUUAAAAUAGUACGGAAAUUCUUAAGAAUUAUUUUCUUGAAAUUUUAUCAAAAAUUGUUUUAGUUUAAAUUAUUAAUUGGAAGUUUGA